CGUGCCAUAAACCACGGCGGACGCCGAUGGCUGGCAGGGGCUCUGCCGGCCCCGGCAAUCAGAUCGCGGUGAACUGCGCAGGUCGCCGCUAGUCUCCGCGCUGCGCGACAACUAACCCCGGUGCUGUGAUCCUGAACAGAGCUGUGGCUGUGUUAAAAACGCGUUCGAAAGGAGAAUUCAAACAUGCAUUACAACGACCAACAGUGGCGUGAUUAGUAGAGUGCGUAAAGGUGGCAACGGUGUAAGGGACACGAAACUGCGGGGGUUGAUCGAAGCUGUGCUACAGGACAGCUAACUUCAAGAUGGCGCCCGUAUUUACGCUGGCUCUGCGGAGUGUAGACUUUGGGGACGGGCCGAUGGAAAUAGUCGACAUCCAAGGACUGGAGGCGCAGCUGGAGCGCAAGGAAGCUGUCAAGGGUGAGGACGGCAAGACCACGCUCGUGCAUCAGCACACGUUCACCGUUCACUCCUUGCGAAACGCGUUCGUCGUUCCAGUCAAGGACAAGUCAUUCUUUGAGAUCACGCUCAGUUUCAAGUCUGGCAGCAAGCUGCAGACGCUAGUGGCUGCCAACACCUUGCUGCAAAAGUGCGAGGACAACAAACAGAACCACGCACAGGUGGUGCUCAAGCUCAAGCCCUCCGGUAAACUGAACCUCCGAGUGAAGCUGGCUGAUGAUGGCGAGAGCGACGAAACGCCCGAAGGCAUGGAGAUUGAAACUCAGACAGCCACUCCCGCAAGGCGCGGGGCGGUCAAACACCUCAAGGUUUAUGAGGUGCGCGGCCACAAAUUCGUCGCCAAAUUCUUCCGCCAGUUCACCUUCUGUGCCUUUUGCCACAAGUUCAUGUGGGGCUUCAAGAAGCAAGGCUACCAGUGCCAGCAGUGUCAGUGCUCAGUUCAUCGCGACUGCCACGGCAAAAUCCUGUCACGUUGUCCGGGCUCUGCCGCCGAGAGUGAGCAGAGCGUCAUCCUGCGAGAACGCUUCAACAUCAACAUCCCGCACCGUAUGAAGGUGCACAGCUACCGCACGCCGACGUUCUGCGAUCACUGCGGUACUCUGCUGUACGGCCUGAUCCGACAGGGUCUACAGUGCGAGGUGUGCGAACUCAAUUGCCACAAGAAAUGCGAAGCCAUGCUGCCAAACCUCUGCGGCAUCAAUCAGGAGAAGUUGCAAGACAUGCUCAAAAUAGUACGCGAAGAGUCAACGCGACCGAAGAAGGGAAGCACAGAGAACCGGCUGGAACCGAUCAAGGAAACUGACGGUCCGGUACAGAUUAGUGACGAGGCAGUACAACUGCCUCCGCGUGAAGAGAAACCCGACAGAAAGGACUCCCUGGCGCUCAUCGAGCCGCCGCCAGAGCCGAGCGUACCCAGCUUCAACGUCAACGACUUCAACAUGCUGAAGGUUCUCGGCAAGGGCAGCUUCGGGAAGGUGAUGCUCGCAGAGAUGAAAAUUGUGCCCAACCGAUCAUUCGCCAUCAAGUGUCUCAAGAAAGAUGUGGUCCUCGACGACGAUGAUGUUGACUGCACGCUGAUCGAGCGAAAUGUGCUGGCGAUGGGCACGCAGCACCCAUUCCUUUGCAGUCUCUUCUGUACGUUCCAGUCGCCGUCUCAUCUCUUCUUCGUCAUGGAGUUCCUCAAUGGUGGAGACCUCAUGUUCCACAUCCAGCAAGCGGGACGCUUCGAGCAGGACCGCGCUCGCUUCUAUGCCGCUGAAAUUCUCUGUGGUCUUCAGUUUCUCCAUUCGCACAAUAUUGUCUACCGUGACAUCAAGCUGGACAAUAUCGUGCUGGACUCGGAUGGUCACGCGCGCAUCGUGGACAUGGGUCUGUGUCGAAUGAACGUGUCUGACCAGAACCGCUGCGCCACGUUCUGUGGCACACCCGACUACCUGGCGCCAGAGAUCGUGAAGGGCAAGCGCUACGACCAGGCCGUCGACUGGUGGUCGUUCGGAAUCCUCCUUUACGAGAUGCUGAUCGGACGGUCGCCGUUCUCGGGAACGGACGAGGACGAGCUGUUCUGGUCCAUCUGCAACGAGGACGUCUACUAUCCACGCUACCUCUCAGUUCAGGCGAAGGAGGUUCUAGGGCUGCUCCUUGUCCGAGAACCAGAGAAACGACUGGGCAUGCCCGGAUGUCCGGCAGGCAGCAUCCGCGAUCAGGUCUUCUUCAAGUCGAUCAACUGGGAGAAACUGGAAAAGAAGAGGGUGCAGCCACCGGUGAAACCAAGGGUGAAGAACUCGCGUGACUGGUCGUGCUUUGACAAGACGUUCCUGCGAGAGACACCGGCGCUUACUGUGAUGGACAAGGAAAUCAUGAAAACUAUCGACCACGACAUAUUCAGCGACUUCGCCUACGUCAACGAAGCCAUGUUCCAGGACGUCACGACAGAUGCAAGGAAGAUGUCGAAGGCCGAGGCGCCAAACCGAAAAAUCUCAAAGCAGCAAGAAGGUGAGAAGGCACUCAUGCUAAAGCUUCUCAACGACAACCGCAGUCUAACGGGCAACAAGGCCUCUCACCGUAAGAUCUCUGCGCCAACCCCAACAGGGCUUCUGCCACCGCCAGGCAAGACACCGACCGGCUCGCCCAACCGCAAAAUAUCUGUCCCAACGCCGGUCUCCGCGCCAGCCGGUGUUCAAAACGACUCUCCCCUCCAGGCCAGAAAUAGGAAAAUCUCUGCUCCAGUCGGCGGCAUGGUGCGCAAGAUUUCCAAGGCACUCGGCCGGGGUUCCGACUCGACAGACGGCGCCGCCAGCAGUCCGCAGGGCAAAUACGGAAAAUCCCGGGACGAGUGUCCUCCCAGUCCACGACCCAAGCAUGACAACUCGCCGAGCCCAAAGCCGCGUGACAGGUCACGCAGUCCCAGGCCAGCUGAUGGACACUCGCGUAGUCUACGACCCGGCGAUGGCCGAUCUCGCUCCAGAAGUCCGGCGCCGCGCGGGGCCGACUCAGGAUACCGCUCGGACCGCAGCGCGCGUUCACCACGGCCCCGCUCGCGCAGUCCCGACGUCAGAAAGGCAGCCUCAGCACGGGGCCGCUCACCGUCGCCUAACCCCCGAACGAAGGACGCCUCCGCGCGGAGAGGCCGCUCCAAGAGUCCGUCUCCGCGCGCGUCCGGCGCUCGUUCGCCGAGUCCGGCGCCGGGGAGGAAGGCAGCGUCUGGUGGGAGCUCGCGACUGCGUCACACCAAGUCAGCCAACACUCUGGGAGUGAACGGACAUGAUGCAGGCCAAGGAAAACCGGGCCGACAGAGCUCCAACAGACUUCGACCGCCGUCAAGGUGAUGCGAUAUGACACAUAACUGCGAACAGGAGACUUUGGUGAUACGUCUGUCGCGUAGGGCGAACGUGUUAUAAGCUGUUUGCCAUUUGCUAGACAAAUGUAUUACGCUAAUGACGAACCAGAAAGUACUAACAGCACACGUCUGGGCCGAGGCUUGCGAGUUCUAACUGUGAGUGGACUGAAGUCCUCAAAGGGUUGAUACCAGCUCCUUAAAAUGCAGGAACUUUGUGUGCUAGUUCACUGACAGCAACGUAAUGAACAUACUGAACUGAUGAACAUACUGUUUGUGAUGCAAAAGGUUCAAAAUAUGCAAUGUGCACGAAUAGUUUCGGAGUUAAUUGCAAUGCAACGAACGUAGAAUUCAGCUUGACACCAUAGCCGUAGCCCGGUGGCGUAGGAUUGAUCACUGUAUGCAUGCAUGUGCAUCACUGUAUGUAUGCAUGUGUAAACUUGACUAGUUACGUGCUACAAAAUAGGUACACAAUUGAUUCAAUUCAUGUUUUGCUGUCUGAGUUGCCUUAAAUUGUACUUUUCUUUCCAAAGAGUGCACUUCAAAGAACAACUCUGUUUUUGAGGCAGCGUGUCGCUUCAUAACUGUCGAAAUAAAUGACACUUAUAAUCCCUUUUUAAUUCCGGCAUGUUUCCGCUCCUUGA